ACCACCAUUUAAAACCUUAUGAGUGUGAACCGGGCACAUGUGAAGAAAAAAAGGACCUCUUCGCUUGUAUCAAAAAGUAUUGUGAUAAGUGGAAAGCCAAAAAAGCUAAGGAAAAAAAGGCUAAGGAAAAGAAAAAGAAGAAAGAGCAACGUUUAAAACAGAUAAAGAAGAAGAAGGAACAAAGACAGCGUGAAAAACUACAAGGUACAAGGCGUUCGAGUUUUAUUACUUCAAUAUUUAAGAGCCAAGAAGAAGAUGACGAUAGACAAAUGUUGUUGCCCGAUGAAGUAAAAAAAAGGAAACAGAAAGAUAGGGACGAAAAAGAAGGAAAAGGGAAAGAUCGAAAAGGGAAAGGGAGGGAUGAGGGCACAUCGGAGCUUGGAGAUAAGGCAAAGAAAACAUUCGCUGUUACAAGACGUGGUUAUAGGAGGCUUACCAGAAGAAUUAGAGAGAGAUACUAUCGUAAUAAGAAAAUGGCUGAGGAGCAAAAAGGCCAAUAUUCAUGCGAUUUCUAUUUGAUGUCGCUGAGAACCAAACCAUGUUUGUGGGUGUAUUACAUGUGUCCUGUAUGCUACCCGUACUGUUUGCAAGUGUUGAAUGUUUGGAGACAAGUGUCGGACCUUCUGCUGUUCUUCGUGGCUAUCGUAGUGUGGAGCCCGUGCAUCUUGUGCGCCGAGUGCCUGAAGGUAAUAGUCUGUAACAUAGCCGUGGUGUAACUAAAUUGUCCCUUAGUUUUUAAAUAAAUUUGGUGAUUUUUUUUAUA